AUGGGUGUAGUAGUAUUAAAGGUUGAGUGUAAAUUUAAAAACUUGUAUGAAAGUACUCUGAAAACUGUAAAGCACAACAGGAGACAGCAUGGUCAUGGUCAUCAUCGUAUUAUGUAUAUAAUGGUAUGUGAAGAUUUUGGAGCCGUGAAGCUUUUUAUCUGCAUCUGCAGUCUAGGAAAAUUGAGUUGGCAGGAGUGUAGUGGAUGGAUUAAUAAUAACAAAAGAAAGAGAACCAAUCAGGAAGCUAUUAAAGAGAUGACCUGGCUCCCACCACUUUCUGCUAUUCCAGCACCUGGCAAAGUGGAACCAAGCAAAUUUCCAUUUCCAAAUAAGGACUCUCAGCUUGUUUCCUCCGGACACAAUAAUCCAAAGAAAGGUGAUGCUGAGCCAGAGAGUCCAGACAAUGGCACAUCGAAUACCUCCUCUCUGGAAUGGUUGUCCCCAUUUACAGAUAAGGGAAAUGAUGCACAGAGAGGCCACAGCUGGAGCCAGCCUUCAUCGGGAAUGCUAGAAGAUGACCUUAAGCUAAGUAGUGAUGAAGAGGAGAAUGAGCAGCAGGCAGCCCAGAGAACUGCUCUCCACGCUCUGUCUGACAGAAAGUGUGAAGAACCCCUUGUUGUGCAAUGAAACAGGAGACAAGAAACUUAGAGGAAGAGACCUGAAUG